AUGUGCCCACCUUCAAAAAAUUCAUUCUCCACAUUCACAUAUGUCGAUUCAUCAAAGGCACUCAGGCUUAAGAGAGUGUUCUGCUGCUUCGGCAACUCGGUGGCGUCCACCCGGUUCCUGCUGCAGGACGAGUUCAACAUCCAGACGACGCAGUGUGACAACUGCACCAUCGCGCGCCUUCAUGUUCUAUCUGCAACAGAGCUCGCCUGCAUCUGCUCCCUCGUCGCCUGCAUCAUCGGCAACAACGCGCUCUCAGACGUCGCGCACGUCAUCUCCUGCAUGUCUAACUUGGUCUAUUGUCUUUUAUGGCAUUGCAAAUUUGCAAUUCAUCUUCAGACGCAGCACAAGGUGGAGAUGGACAAGAGGGACGCGCGGCACGUUGAACACCAUGUCUGGUAUGUUCUUAAAAAAAUCCUCCCGUCGCCGCCAGAUCUUCCACUGUCCCCAAUCCUCCGCAAGAUCAGCAACGGGGCCCCAUGA